AUGAAGUUAAGCUUUUUGUGGAUAUUAUUUAAUUAUACUGCUAGUUGUUUGGGUGUAAAGCUUCUAGAAGCAAAUCCAGAUGUAAAGAGAUUGUACGAUGAUUUAUUAAGCAACUACAAUCGCUUGAUACGCCCAGUAACUAAUGUUAGCGAUAUUCUGACAGUUAGACUUGGCUUAAAGCUCUCACAGUUAAUGGAAGUUAACUUGAAGAAUCAAGUUAUGACUACCAAUUUGUGGGUGGAACAGAAAUGGUUCGAUUACAAGCUGCAAUGGAAUCCCGACGACUACGGCGGAGUGGAGAUGCUGUAUGUGCCAUCUGAACACAUAUGGCUACCGGAUAUAGUGUUAUAUAAUAAUUGGGAUGGCAAUUAUGAAGUAACUCUAAUGACGAAAGCCACGUUAAAAUACACAGGCGAAGUGAAUUGGAAGCCUCCAGCUAUUUACAAGUCGUCAUGUGAGAUCAAUGUAGAAUAUUUUCCUUUUGACGAACAAACGUGCUUCAUGAAAUUUGGUUCGUGGACAUACAAUGGCGCUCAGGUUGAUUUAAAACAUAUGGACCAAUUGCCGGGCAGUAGCUUAGUGCAUGUAGGGAUUGAUUUAAGCGAAUUUUAUUUAUCUGUUGAAUGGGAUAUACUUGAAGUGCCCGCGACUAGAAACGAAGAGUACUACCCUUGCUGUCCAGAACCGUUUUCAGAUAUAACAUUUAAACUGACAAUGCGAAGAAAAACUUUAUUUUAUACAGUGAAUUUGAUAAUACCAUGUGUUGGGUUAACAUUUUUAACUGUGCUAGUAUUUUAUUUACCAUCGGAUUCAGGUGAGAAGAUAUCGCUCUGCAUCUCCAUCCUGGUGUCCCUCACAGUGUUCUUCCUUGGCCUGGCUGAAAUCAUACCGCCAACGUCGUUGGCGAUUCCCUUGCUUGGGAAAUAUCUGCUAUUCACAAUGAUUCUAAUAUCGUUAAGCAUCUCGAUUUUGGUAUCGUUGACUGUAUUUUUCCUGUUGCUGGCUGAAAUAAUACCGCCCACGUCUCUAGCGAUACCGCUGUUAGGGAAGUAUCUGCUGUUCACUAUGAUACUGGUAUCGUUGAGCGUUUGGAUGACGGUUUGUGUUCUGAAUGUACAUUUUAGGUCACCAUCAACCCACACCAUGUCACCGUGGAUGAAGAAGCUCUUCCUACAACUAAUGCCCAAGUUACUUAUGAUGAGACGCACUAAAUAUUCUCUACCGGACUAUGACGAUACAUUCGUAUCAAAUGGCUAUACCAAUGAACUUGAUAUGAGGGACAGUCUAACGGAUGCAUAUAGCAAUAAAGGAGAUGACGGAGAUUACAGAAAGUCUCCGGCACCUGAAGAUGAUAUGCUUGGAGCUGGCGUACAUCAACGGCCAUCAGUGACGGAGUCGGAGAACAUGCUGCCGCGCCACCUGUCGCCGGAGGUGGCCGCGGCGCUGCAAAGCGUACGGUUCAUCGCACAGCAUAUUAAGGACGCAGAUAAGGAUAAUGAGGUUGUAGAAGAUUGGAAGUUCAUGUCGAUGGUUUUAGACAGAUUUUUCUUAUGGCUCUUCACCAUCGCUUGCUUCGUGGGAACAUUUGGCAUCAUAUUUCAAUCUCCAUCCUUAUACGAUACGAGAGUGCCCGUUGAUCAGCAAAUAUCUUCUAUACCGAUGCGUAAAAACAACUUCUUCUAUCCAAAAGACGUUGAAACUAUUGGAAUUAUAAGU